CCAUGAUUUAGUAUCUUUUAAUUAAUGCCCCUUCUUGUAAACACACAACAAUGUCAAAUACACCAGAAAAAUAUGCUAUGGAAAAUCUCUCAAAUAAUGAGUGUAGAGAGAUUGUAUUUUGCAGCUACAGUUUUCUUUUCUCAGACAAUAAAGGUCUUCAGUUAACCACCUACAUACCUACCGCCACCACCUGCAAACUCUCUCUCUCUCUCCCCAACCAAGUCCACCCUUAAAUCAUAGAUAAGUCAUCAAGAUCCAGUUUUUCGUCAUCCCUCUUCCACUCCGCCAAUUUCCCGCAUUCCGCUACACGAAAUGGAGCACAAUUCGCCGCCGCCGAUCCCUAGCCCAGUCUACCUGCCAUCGGCCGCCGCCGACCCGGCCGAAUCGGCCCUCUUCGACUGGUCCGACUUCCUCGAUUUCGACAUCGACGAAGCCCUCAACACCCCCUUCGCCAUCUCCGAGCCCGGGUCGGGGCCGGAGCAGGAGCUCGGAUCCGACCAGUCGGAGAAUCUGGGCCGGGUCAGGAAGCGGGACCCGAGACUGCUGUGCCCCAAUUUCGUGGCGGGUGUGGUCCCGUGCGCGUGCCCCGAGCUGGACAAGAAGUUGGAGGAGGAGGAGGAGUCCGCUCUCCCCGGGAAGAAGCGGACCCGCGCGCUGCGGGCCCCCGCCGCCGGCCCGCUCCUGUGCCAGGUGCCCGGCUGCGAGGCCGACAUCAGCGAGCUCAAAGGGUAUCACAAGCGCCACCGCGUCUGCCUCAAGUGCGCGCACGCCGCCGUCGUCGUGCUUGAUGGGGAGAGCAAGAGGUACUGCCAGCAGUGUGGAAAGUUUCAUCUCUUGUCUAAUUUUGAUGAGGGUAAACGUAGUUGCCGGAGAAAAUUAGAAAAACACAAUGACAGACGUCGAAGAAAAUCUAAUGGGUCUAAAGGAGGCACAGAUAAGGAACCUCAUCAGGUUGUCUUGGUUGAUGAUGUCAAGGAAGAUGAUGAUGGAGGAAAAGAUGGCACGAGUCCGAGCAGUCAGAUUGAAGAAAAGGAAAUGUUAUUGAAAUCGGAUGGACAUGUCUCGGCAGUAUCUUCAGGCCCAGACUCCCAAGGUUUUCUGGGCGAGAAGGUUGCACCAUUUCUUGUGCCUGGUGAAAUCCAUACUAACGGGCAUAAACACAGUCCAAACUCUAAACGCUCUGCAUCUUACAGUGACAAUUUUUCCUCUGUGUGUCCCACUGGUCGAAUCUCCUUCAAGCUGUAUGACUGGAAUCCUGCUGAAUUUCCUCGACGGUUGAGACUGCAAAUAUUUGAAUGGUUGGCUAGCAUGCCCGUUGAGUUGGAGGGGUAUAUCCGUCCCGGUUGUACAAUUUUGACAGCUUUCAUAGCAAUGCCGAAGCCAAUGUGGCUUAAGUUAUUGGAUAAACCAGCUUCAUGCAUAAAAGAUCUCAUUGGUUCGCCUGGGAGCAUGCUAUCUGGAAAAGGGACAAUGCUCGUUUAUGUAAAUGACAUGAUUUUCCGUGUCACAAAAGACGCACAUUCGGUAGUACAAGUCAGCAUAAAGGAUAGAUCUCCUAAGCUUCAUUACAUCUACCCGACUUGCUUUGAGGCCGGCAGGCCGAUGGAGUUCGUAGCUUGUGGAAGUGACCUACUCCAACCUAAGUUUCGGUUUCUAGUUUCUUGUGAUGGACGGUACUUGGCGUACAAAAUUUGCGUCUCAUCUCUGUGCUGUAAGAAAGGAGAGAGCAACUCUUUUAACCAUCAACUGGUAAAGAUAUCUGUUCCUCAAACCGACAUGAAUCUCUCUGGGCCGGCAUUCAUCGAGGUCGAGAACCAAUCUGGUUUAUCGAACUUCGUUCCGAUUUUUUUUGGUGAUAAAGAAACUUGCGAAGAAAUGGAGAUCUUGCAACGAACGUUUGAUACCUCAAUAUCCUCCCAAGAACAACCCGCAUCACCUCCAAGGCCUGCAUGCGGAGUCCUGGCCUCAAGACAAACACGUUUCUCGGGGUUUCUUUUAGACUUAGGAUGGUCGUUGAAGAAACACGUGUCGAAGAAAUUGUUGACAUCUGCAGAUGUACACAGAUUCGACUAUUUAUUGGACUUUCUGAUAGAGAAAGGGUCUUCUGUCAUUUUGGAGAGAGUAUCUCGCUCGUUGGGAUCUUCAAUAGAUAAAAAUGACGUUGCUGGUGUAUCUGAUUCCGAUAUGAGGUCAUUACGGACAAAAAUGGGGAUCGUACGAUGUAUGCUUGAUCACAGAACACAGGAUAGAGGCUCUGCAGCGACACCUGCAUCGGAUGGAAAUGUUCACCGUCAAAGCAAAGACGCCUGUUUCGUCGUUCAAGAUACUAAAACGGGCGUUCAAGAAACACCAGACGACAUUCCAUGGGGCAGAGAGGCGUCAUCACUAGAUGCCGUUGCUGCAACAGCUCCUCUCGUCAACACAGAGGUGAUCAUGAAUGUCAACAUUCGGACCCCCCGGCCACAUAGAUCACCCGGCCUCAUCAUGUCAUCACGAACAUUUCUAACUUCACGGUCCCUCAUGACGGCUGUUGCUGCCGUUUGCAUCUGUUUCGGAGUCUGUGUCGCCCUCUUCCACCCUCAAAGGGUCAAUCAGGUCGCCACUACCAUCCGGAGGUGCUUAGUUCGACAGCCCUAAAUAGGUGCGCCCGUCUCUCCUCCCUCCUCUUUAGUCGAAUGUACAGCACGUUGCACGUGGAUCUCGAUUGUGCAUUACUUGCCCCAUAGGCUUGAAGAAGUUGGGGGAGAUAGUUGUAAUCUUAGGUUUUAAUGUGACUCGCAGGUCAUGAUCAUUGUGAACUUUCUUCAAGUGUGUGUUGUAGUAAUGUUUUUGCUAGCUAAUUCAAUUUUCUUUUGUGGUA